AUGGCAGCUGAGAAAGCUGAAAUGGAUGCCCUAAAGAAGGAGUGCGAUGGCCUCCGUACACAGAUUGAGGCGGCCCGUAAGGCUGUGAACGAUGGCAGCAUGAGCGCAGCAGCAGGGGGCGUCGACUCCGUGGGCCGAAUCCAGCUGAAGCUCAGGAAGACGCUCAAGGGUCACCUGGCCAAAAUCUACUCCAUGCACUGGUCAGCUGACUCCAGGUCAAUGGUCAGCGCCUCACAGGACGGGAAGCUGCUGGUCUGGGACACCUUCACCGGCAACAAGCUGAUCGCCGUCCCUCUGAAGUCGGCCUGGGUGAUGAGCGUGGCGUUCGCCCCCUCUGGGAACCUGGUGGCCAGCGGCGGUCUGGACAACCUCUGCACAGUCGUCAACAUCAAGGCCGCCAGCCCCAAGACCCUCAGGGAGCUGGACGCACACACAGGUUACCUGUCCUGCUGCCGUUUCCUCAGCGACUCUGACAUCCUGACGGCCUCCGGUGACACCACCUGCUGCCUGUGGGACCUGGAGACCGGGAAGCAGAAGACCAUCUUCACCAACCACAUCGGGGACUGCAUGUCGCUGGCUCUGUCCCCCGACAACAACACCUUCAUCUCCGGAGCCUGCGACUCCCUGGCCAAGCUGUGGGACCUGAGGGAAGGGACCUGCAAGCAGACCUUCAGUGGACACACCAGCGACAUCAACGCCAUCCAGUUCUUCCCCAAUGGAAACAACAUCGUCACUGGCUCCGACGACUGCUCCUGCAAGAUGUACGACCUGCGCUCCGACCAGGAGGUGAUCAACUACCAGGACGGCAGCCUGAACGCCGGCGUCACGUCCGUGGCUCUGUCCAACUCCGGCCGCCUCAUCUUCGCCGGCUACGACGACUUCAACUGUCACAUCUGGGAUUCUCUGAAGGGAGAGAAAGUCGGCGUUCUGUCCGGCCAUGACAACCGGGUGAGCUGCACCGGCGUCCCUGAGGACGGGAUGGGCGUCUGCACAGGAUCCUGGGACAGUUUCCUCAAACUGUGGAACUGA